AUGUUUAAAGGAAGAGCUGUGGGCAAAUAAUAUUUAUAUAAAGAGGAAGACAGACAGAAAUGGAGAAAAUGGCUAAGUGUCACAUAUAUCUGCCGGGACUGAUCAUUUUCUGCUCACUUCUCACAGGUACCAGAGGAGUGGUCAAUGUGUUCUGUAGUGAUGAAGUAAAUGUCACUCUGCCCUGCAUUAAUGCUCCUCCUGACUGUAGAUCAACAAUAUGGUUCUACCGUAAAGACAGUCAUUCAAGAAAAGACGAACUGUUUAUUCAAGGAAACAAAAAGAAUGGCCAUGAAAGAAUGAGUCUGGGGUUUGACUGCUCUCUGAACAUCUAUAAAACCACAAAAGAAGAUCACGGGCUUUACAUAUGCCAGGAACAAUUAAGGAUUGAUUCAAACACUGAUCCCAAUGUUUAUCUGCAUUUUCUUCACGUGUCUUUAUCAUCCACAAAGACUGAGAUUAAAGCAGGCAGCUCUGUCACUCUCUCCUGUCAAUUAUAUUUAAUAGAUGGAUAUGAUUGUGAGCGUUUGCGCGAUAAUGAUGGAUUUCAGAUGAUCUGGGUGAAUGAGUCUGAUGUUAAUCUUCAAUCAGACUCCAGAUAUCAGAUCUCAUCUUCAACAAAACACUGUAACAGCCGUCUGACUACAACACUCCUGAAUGAAGACAACAACAGAGAGUUGAGAUGUCAAAUUAUUACAGGAACCUCAAAAGUUGAGACCUCAGCCGGAUACACUGUCAAGUAUUCGGUGGUUUCAUCUUUAAAUUCAGCAAACAAUAAGACUUUGACUGGAUUUUUAUUAAGAGUGAUUAUCAUUAUUGUUGAGGUUGCAGUACUGACAGCACCUACUGUUAUUCUUCUCUUGAUCAUCUGUGAAAGGAGAUCUGAGAAGAAGAGAACAACUCACAACAUCUAAACAAUAUAUGCUAUUUUGAGCAAAAACUUCACAUACAUUACUCUGAGGUCACCAAAUAUUUAUUUUACAUCUUAAAAAAGAAAUGUCUCCUUUAAAG